CGAGAUGAGGCCGCGCAAACGUCCCGCGGUCCCCCGCCUCCGACCGCCGUACCGCGCCACUCCACUGCUCCGCCGCGCCAGGUUCCAGGCUUCCAGCCGCCGGGAAGCGUCGAGCCAUGACCUCCGCCGCCGCGAAAGUCGCCGUCAUUGGUGGCGGAAUUUCGGGCGCCGUGUGCGCGUCGCUCCUCGCCGGGCGCGGCGUGGCCGUGACGCUCUUCGACUCCGGCCGAGGCGCCGGCGGGCGCAUGGCGCAGCGGAGGUGCUCGACCAAUUGACUCACUGCAAUUGCCGUGUUCUCACUGAUCGGCUCCAAUUUUUUGGGGGUAUUGGUGGACGUAGGGAGGUGAUGGAGGACGGCACGGAGCUUCGCUUCGACCACGGUGCGCCCUACUUCACCGUGACCAACGAUGAGGUUGCCCAGGUCGUGGGUGGGUGGGAGGCGCGAGGGAUCGUCGCCGAGUGGAAGGCCAUGUUCGCAUGCUUUGAUCGGGCUACCGGCAAAUUCACUGACUUCGAGAAGGAGGGAUCAACUAAGAAGUAUGUUGGAGUGCCAGGCAUGAACUCGAUAUGCAAAUCACUCUGUUCAGAGGAUGGUGUGGUGGCCAAAUUUGGUGUCACUGUUGGCAAGAUGGACUGGCUUCAAGAUAGGAGUUCAUGGUCACUAGCUAGCUUGGAUGGAAAAGAUCUUGGCAAUUUCGAUUAUGUUGUUGCCACCGAUAAGAAUGUGGGAUCACCAAGAUUUUCGGGGUUGACUGGAAGACCACCGCCUCUUGACUUGUCGCUAUUUCCACGGCUGUCUGUAAUGGUUCAAGAUAUCCCAGUUCGUCCCUGUUUUGCUCUUAUGGUAGCAUUCUCAGAGCCUUUGGCUAUGGUACCUGUUCAUGGUUUCUCUUUCAACAAUUCUGAUUCUCUGAGUUGGGCCUUUUGUGAUAGUAGUAAGCCAGGGCGUGCUUGUGUUCCUCCUAACAGACAAUCUUGGGUAUUGCACUCGACAGCUGAAUAUGCUUCCAAGGUAAUAAAUCAUAUUGGCCCACGGAAACCUUCAGUAGAUGCACUUGCUAAGGUGGCAGAGGAAUUAUUCAGGGAAUUCCAGGCAACAGGAUUGAGCAUUCCACAACCAAUAUUCAUGAAAGCUCACAGAUGGGGUGGUGCUUUCCCAGCCAUUGCUAUAGGUGGAGAUGAUAAAUGUGUUUGGGACAAAAGCAUGAAAUUGGCAAUUUGUGGAGAUUUCUGUGCAAGUCCAAGUAUUGAAGGAGCGGUCCUUAGUGCCAUGAGAGGAGCUUCAAAAAUCAUGGGAUGUUUAAACUGUCCAUCAGGGUUGUGACUUGUGAGUUGUAUAUUUAAUCAACUACAACCCCCUGCCCCCUUCUCCAACUCUCUGUAUGUAAUUGUUAUACAAAAUAAAGAAUCAAGCUCCAAGAGGAGCCCUAUUGUUUUGUUGAAUGUUUUGUUACAAAAUAAUAAAUAAAGGCACAUGAAUCUUUCUUUGUUGGA